CUCGCCAGGCGAAAGCAAAGCUUUGCUUGUUCGUGCGCGUUUCGAAUCACAUACACCACCCACUCAUACACAUACACACACAGUACACUCCGUGACAUCCAAGCCACACACACACGCCAAACUUUUAUGUAGUGCGCGAACGAAAUAAAUUCAUAUGCAUGGUUCUUAAAUAAUCCAAAACCGAGAAAACAAUAAUGGAAUAUAAGUAAUGUGAUUGGAGGUGCUCCGUGGGCCAAAAAGUCGUCUUUGCCAAUAUCGUUGGAUGUUUUCCAAUGCAACUGUUUUCUUCUGUAUCUGUUUUCCGCAACACCCACACUGCAAGCUAUUAAUAACUAACUAGGAGUGAAUAAAUUUUCACAUCAUCUGACUAAAUAUUCAAUUUACUAUUGAAAGUGCUAUACUGAACAUUUAAAUUACGUCAAAAAUGAUCGUACGCCAUCGCUCCCGCCGCGCGCGCAUGUGGAACAUGGGAUUAUUAUUCCUAAUCUACUACUGCGUAAGCGUUUACUCGGCGAAGGGCGAUGAAAAGGAUACUCCGGAUAUUCCACUUGACGUGGGCAGCCUGCCUGAAGCAGCCGAUGCUGACUUUGAGACUGACAAUGAGAUUACCACACCCAAUUCUCUUCAGACUAGCGAGAGGAGUGAUGCAAUGCCGGAGACAACCAUGGCCACUCCCAUACAUGGAGCUGUGCCGACUUGGCGAGCCAAACGAGAAAAUUGUACGCCGCCGGCUAUCGAGCAGUUUCCACAGCCGUUAAUGAACAAAUGGGCGCGACAACAUGGUGGACUCAUCUUACACAUUCUUGUGGCCAUCUAUACGUUCUUUGGUCUGGCCAUUGUGUGUGACGAGUACUUUGUGGCCAGUCUGGAUAGGCUGUGCGAGGAGCUUAAGCUGUCUCCGGAUGUGGCGGGCGCCACAUUUAUGGCCGCCGGCAGCUCAGCUCCAGAGCUGGCCACCGUUGUCAUUGGUGUUUUCUUUGCCAAGGACGACAUUGGCAUCAGUGGUGUCAUUGGCUCGGCGGUGUUCAACAUCAUGUUUGUUAUUUCGGUUUGUGCCCUGUGUUCCGGCACCGUUUGCCAGCUGAACUGGUGGCCACUUGUCCGCGAUUGCUUCUUCUACUGCGUGUCCAUAUUGGUCAUGCUGAUAAUCAUCUUUAAUGAUGUCAUCUCUUGCUUCGAAUCUGUGGUAAUGCUACUGUGCUAUGUGGGCUACUGCAUUGCCUUGCAUUUCAAUACGGAGCUGGAACGCUGGGCUCUGAGCUUAAAUCUGCCUUUUAAGCUGCCUAGCAAGGAGGAGCAAUCGGCAUUGGUUACUUAUAAGAAUGUGCCCGAAAGCUCAUACACUCAGGGCACACAGCCAAAGGAAACCGAAACAAGUCCUCAGCAGCAACCACAGCCAUCGACACAGGGCGACUAUCAGAGCUACAACGAUCCUAAUGCCAGCUGGGAUCCGAAUGCUGCUUGGGGAGAGGAGGGUCAGACUCAGCCGCAGGCCAUGACUGUCAGUGCUAGGCCAAGCCAGCCGCCGGUAGACGAUUGGGGCAUGAAUCAGUUUAACCAGGGUCAGGAAAAUAUGGCCUACAAUGCCGAUCAGCCGGAAUCUGUGGUUACAGGGGAAGCUGCAGCCACAUCGGCCAAAACUCAGGUUGCGGCCAAUCCGGCUGGCAUUGAAUACUACAAGUCGACAGAUAAACAACGUGAGCCACGCCCCGAUCCAUUGCUGCGACCCACUGAGGGCGGCCAGCCAGCCCUAAUUGCCUGGUAUGUGGUUUAUCCGAUACACUAUCUAUGCAAGAAGACCAUGCCGGAUUGCCGACAGCAACAGUAUCGCAACUGGUAUCCGUUCACGUUUCUACUGUCGAUGAUUUGGAUCUCCUUUUACUCUUACUUUAUGGUCUGGAUGAUAACAGUGAUUGGGUCCACGCUGGCUAUACCAGAUACAGUGAUGGGUCUGACGUUCGUAGCUGCUGGCGUUUCUGUGCCUGAUGCCCUAAGCUCAAUAGCCGUUAUCAAAGAGGGCUACGGCGACAUGGCCGUAUCGAAUGCAAUUGGCUCUAAUGUCUUUGAUAUACUAGUGUGCUUAGGUCUUCCAUGGUUCAUACAAACGGCCAUUAUCAAACCCGGCUCGCACGUCAAUGUUAUAUCCAAGGGUCUGGCUUAUUCCACCCUCUCGCUAUUCUCCACCGUCGUCUUCUUGAUACUCUCAACGCAUUUGAAUGGCUGGAAGUUGGAUAAGCGUUUGGGCAUAAUACUCAUGCUCUGGUAUCUAUUUUUCAUAACGCUGGCGUCGCUCUAUGAGAUGAACGUCUUUGGUUACAUGAACCCACCAGAGUGUGCCAGCACGUACUAAACAACUGAAUACAAUAUGAUCGUAUAACCAUAAAUAACAGACGCACUUAGAUUCGCAUCACCAGCACCAAUUACGAGUACCAUAUACAAAUACCUAAAAAUAUAUAUACAAUUGGUAUAUAUAUAGCCAUAUAUACAUCAAUUCAAUAAGCAUAACUAUAGCAACAACAAGGUGUCCCAUAAAUAUUACUCAAAUGUGCGUUUUACAUGGAUUUUUACAUGCACCAAAAUGAAAGAAAAAUAUGAAAUAUAUCUAUGGACGAUAUAUAUUUAAAAGAUGCAUAUUUAGGAAAAAGAUAAAAAUGAAUCCAACUCCAUAUACAACAAUUAUAUGCAUAUAGCACUUUAGAUAGGGAGAAUUGUAUAAUAUUUAGUACAAUUAAAAUGCAAAACAACAAAUGAUAUUUGUUGCCACGGUUUAAUGGAACAACAACUAAAUAAUAGAAAAGGAACAACGCAAAAUUUCAGAUGGAAAAUACACUCACACAGAUUUAAAAAAUAUGUUAAAA